AUGUAUUGAUUUAUUUCAUUUUAUUUUGCAACAACAAAAAUUAACAGAGGGAGGGAGAGAGAGCAAGAUGGAGAGCCGCCACCUCUCACAAAUACUGCUUCGUCAUGAUGCUGGUUAAUUCUCCUCUUGUUCAGAAAUGGACUGAGCCAGCAGCAGAGGUGGGGAGCUGCACACACACACACAACCACACACACACACACACACAUGCUCUGACUGGCUCUCUAAAUCCACAUUGCUAUCACCACUGGAUCUUUUGCAGGCACUGCCUCUGGGGCUGGGAGAUACACACACACACACACACACACACACACACACACACACACACAGGACUGUCAUGCUGUCAGAUACACGCCAACAGCACAGCAGCUGAACCCAGCAAGGGCAGCCGGCUGAGGAUUUGCUGUGCUACUUCCAAGCAAGAGGCAGAAGGAGGGGAAGGAGAGGCGUUUUGCAGUGAGAGAGGGCAGGGGAGCAGUUAUCUGGGCUCCUGGGGCUUGUUGUUGUUAUCGUUCUCGGCUUGUUUUUCGGGCUGGGAAACCAUGCAGGAUUCCUGGAAGAGGCUUCCAUAGCCCCAGCUGGGUGAGUCGAGAGGUCUGCCGUGCGAUCUCAUUGAGCUCGUACUUGACCCUGCCAUGGCUCGGCAGGCGUGAGGGGCGGGAGGGCACAUUCCAGGCAGAUGCUGUUCCACUCUGGUGCCAGUGCCCAGGACUAACCCAACCUGCAGCAAGCGAGUGUGCAGAACCGGCAGGGACUGGAGUUCAGCUGAGGGAGCAUCUGACCCACAGCCCAGCCUAGGAGCCCAAAGGGAUGUGGAAACACAGAAUCACUGGACUCUGUGCAUGACCCAGCCCUUCCCGCAGGCGACGGAAUGGAAAGGUUACAGAAGCAAUCUUUGACCUCCCCUGGGAGCGUCUGUUCCUCCCGCGGGUCCAGCGUCCCAGGAUCGCCCUCCAGUAUUGUGGCCAGAAUGGACAAUGAGGUUCUGGGCUACAAGGACCUGGCGGCCAUUCCCAAGGACAAGGCGAUCCUGGACAUCGAGCGCCCUGACUUAAUGAUCUAUGAGCCCCAUUUCACCUACUCCCUCAUGGAGCACGUGGAAUUGCCGAGGAGCCGAGAGCGGUCCCUGUCCCCCAAAUCCAUCUCUCCUCCUCCUUCUCCAGAAGUCAUCCGGGACUGGAUGGAAAACAAGUCCCUAGGAAGUGCCUCCCAGGCAGCUAGUCGCAGGACCAGCAGCACAGCCCGGAGCGGAGUGCACCACUUCCACCGACCUGAGACCAACACCAUGGAGCUGAACAUAUACAAGAAGCCGCCAAUCUACAAGCAGAGAGAGCCCUCGACGGGAGCCCCACAGAGCAAGCACAUGAUAGAAGACCAGAUCAUUGAGUGCUCCAAGUUCCCAGCAGCCCAGGCCCCGGACCCCAACCAGCCAGCCAAGAUCGAGACAGAUUAUUGGCCCUGCCCUCCCUCCCUGGCAGUCGUAGAGAAGGAGUGGAGGCAGCGGAUGGCCUCCAAGAAAGGCAUGGAAGAAGAAGAGGAUCUCACAGAGGAAUUGACUAACGUGCGUGAACUACAGAAACAGGAGCUGAGUAAGGUCACCUCAAACCUCGGGAAGCUGAUCCUGAAGGAGGAGAUGGAGAAAUCUCUCCCCAUCCGGAGGAAAACCCGCUCGCUCCCAGACCGGACGCCCUUCCACACCUCUCUGCACCUGGGGAAUUCCAGAUCCUCCACCCUUCAUGCCUAUGACAAAAGUACCCUCACCAGCCUGCAGUCAGCAGAGUUCAGCCCAGCCAGCAGCGAGAAGGGGAGCCCAGACACACAGAAUGGCCAGCGGGGGAGGAUGGACAGAGGGAACUCCCUGCCCAGCAUGCUGGAGCAGAAGAUUUACCCCUAUGAGGUGCUGAUGGUGACGAACAGGGGUCGUGUGAAACUGCCUCCGGGAGUGGACAGAACAAGGCUAGAGAGGCACCUGUCCCCAGAGGAUUUCCUGCGUGUCUUCGAGAUGUCCCUGGAGGAGUUCAGCAAGCUGGCCCUGUGGAAGCGGAACGAGCUGAAGAAGAAAGCUUUCCUGUUCUGAGCCGCGUGCCCGGCCUGAGCCAACCCUAGCCGUGAUCUCAGUUAGUGUCAAACACAAUCUCGCAUCACAGCUGCUUUAGGGCUACUGAGCCAGUUUUAACACCUGCCUCCCUUCCCCGAAGCCCCUCAGGCACGUUGAUCCCUCAUUCCCAGUUUUGCCUCUCCCUAGGGGAUAUCGGAGAGCCUCUCCCUGCCCAAACCUUCCCCCUCACACGCUCGGGGGGGGCCGCUGGCAACGCUGGUGGGCUGCUCAGUCUGGGUCAAACCUCUUUUAAUGGAGCCAGGGGAGGGAGAGUUGAACAAGUGGAGGGAGGAGCAAGCAGACCCUAGUCAGCCAAGGUCCCUGGGCUGGGUGAUGUGUAGGGGCUUCUCGGGGGCAGGGCAUCAGUGUCCCUCUUUGCCUGUUGGGGUCGCGGCUGGUUCAGCCAGGAUGGGAGCCAUAGCUACUGGAGGGGACUCUGGCAGGGGCCCUGGCUGGACAGAACAGGGACACACCGUACUGUUCGGUUGCUGGACGCAUGUUGGUUUAGGUGUAAGGGAAGUCAGGGCUGCUUCUACCUUGCUGCUGGGCCCUGACUGGCUCCCCCACUUCAGGACCCUGCUCCCAGCCUUACUGCUCCUCUCAGGGCCAGCUUCCUGCCCUGUCAACACUGGGUAGGGCACAUGUAUAUAUCUGAAUAGCUGUAACUCCGACGUGGGCCACGGGGGCUGCCGGGUGUCGCCAUGGCUGCGUUUCUGAGUGGCCGGUCACCAAUGGGGUUGCCAUUUGCCUAGAGUAGGCUCCAAAGAGCCAUGAUCUUCAUUAGCAGCCACUCCCCAUGGACCCACCUGCAGGCGGGGUCCCGUCCUCGUAAUCAAAUGCCCUUCGGUGGAGCUGGGAGGGGGCACAAGAACCUCUCGCUGGAGAGAACUGGAGAAUCAGAACCAACCCUUCUGAGGUCAUCUCUGUCUCACUCUCGCUCGCGCCUGGCCUCCCCCUCCUCUCCCCACUCCCACCAUCCCUCCCCCUAAAUUCAAUCCCUAGGUGGACAUGACCGAGCACCUCCCAAGUUCUCAACCCAAUGGCCCAGGCUCUCAAACCACAGAGCUCCCCAUUAAGGCUACAGCCCCCACUCCCCACCCCUUGCAGCUGCCUCUGGGGGAGGGUUGCUCUUAGCUCGAUUGUUUCAGGCCUUAGUAGUUGAUGAUUUUGCUCCUGCCCCUUUGUGGAGCCUCAGUCAAAGCCCAGCGGCCGCCCCGCCAAGCCCAAGGCCUUUCCCCAGGUUUGGCAGAGGAGUUUGCCUGAGCAGUGAGAGACUCAGGGCUUGAGGCUGGAGGGGAGCCUAAAGGCAGCCCAUCACGUUCUCUCCAGCCUGGCAUGCGAUCUCUGGCAGCCAUCUCACUCUGUCCUCCUCAGGCCUCCCGGCUACGAUUUCCCUCUCCCCGUGUACCCCGUGGGGUGCAAUAACCCUCUGCUGUGGAAACCACACCAUCAGUACACUGCCACAAACUGCAGGCUGUCCCCUGCUGACACGCCAGGUGAGGUUCGACUCUGGCUUCCCAGAUGCAGUGUGUAACCAACCAGGGCUCAGACAAGCCAGCUCUCGCUAUGCCCAAGGAUGGAACUUCAUCAGGCAGUGACAAUAUUUUAGAGCUGGUGCGGGUGAGGGGAUGCCUGUGUCAAUGCUAGGUGAAGGAGCAGAGAGGAUGCCAAGGCAGGGGGCUCUGUGCAGCUGCCUCAGUAGCUAGGAAGCCAGGCCCUGUGCAGUGACCAGCAGAGACUGAUGUGGUGCUGAUCCCUUGUGGACCCCGGCCUCAUUGCCAGGCCCUGGAGUUUGGAAAUAAUCACCCAAGAUUGCUCUGCAUCCUGCACACAACCCCGCCCAAGCCCCGUUCCCCGCACGCUUCAGAGCCGCCUGCAAGGAGCAGUGUGUCUUGGAAAGGGCAGGAAACUUACCAGUAUCCUGGGGGGUUGUUCCACGCUAUGCUUCUUGUUUGCCAGAGGGCAAGCUCGGCUUCCAGCCUAGCUGCACUCCCCACCUCAGAGCCACCUCUGAGAUCUCUCAACCAAGCAAAGAGUAAACAGCCGGGAGACUCCCCCUUCCAGAUAGGGUAUUGAUCAAAGGGGAUCCAAUGAGCCUAUGUUUGGAUCAGCUGGCCUGUCUCGGGCAGACCCUUACCCAGCGGAGCAGGAGCAUUGUAGAGAGGUGAGCCACACUUUUCUCUGAAAUGUCAGCUGUUGGCAGGAUAUUGGCCUUGCAGCCCGAUCCUGCACAUGGACGUCUGUGGGAGCUCCCUAUGUGGGGCACAUGCAGGAUAGUCUAGUGGUCUGAUCGCCAUCCCAUCUGGGCUAAUAGCACCUUACAUGCCUCCAGGAACAAACCCAAGGAGCUAACAAUUUCCUUUGCUUUGGGGGUAUUUUUAAAAGUCAAAAUAACCAGCGGUCGAAUAGGGGAACUGGCCCCCCAUUAGCCAAACGAUUUCCUGGUCUGCUGCUCCUUUCAGUCCCCCUCCUGGGUCCUUUUUCUACUGUGCACCACAUCUGCUCCGCAGUGCUGGCCUGAGACCCACCCCCCUGCGCUUUCCCUUUUCAACCACUGCCCCACCACUACACUCUGUCGGGAUGUAAAGAAUGUAAUUUAUUGGGAAAUCCCUGGCCCAUACUUGCCUUUCACUGCUACUUAUAUGACAUAUCUAUAAAUAUAUAUAUAUAAAUAUGGAUUUUUUUCUGAUUUGAAUACAGUGAUUCCCCUUUCUCUGUUUAUUUUUUGCUGGUGUCGGAGAUUCCACGUGAGAGUGAUUUUUUGCUUAUAAUUAAAGGUGAAAUGGCUUUAUUCAA